AUGUCUUCACGAAUAUUAUCUAGCACGAAACAACACCAACGAGCUGUUCUACAUGUUUAUAAAUUCCAUUAUCGUCAAAAAAUGACUCGCAGUAGCCAAGACAUAAAUGACGGUUUCGACAUCUAUGGAAGAUAUAUGGUGUUACCGUUUUUUGUUUAUUUGCCUCUCCUAAUAGUGUUUUUCUGGGGUGAGUUUUGGAUUCCAAUCAUAAACGUGGAUCGAAACAAACUACCAUCAAAAGUGUGCGAUGAAUAUAUCGAACGUACUUAUGCUGAGCGAUGUUCACAGUACUCAUCUGGCCACGCAUUCCAUCCAUUUAUUAACGAUCAAUUGUUUUGGAUCGUAUUUUUAAUAUUCUUCACCCUAGUGUUGUUCAUGGCUUUUUGCGGACCUCGUUCACGUCUUGAUCCGAAAAAGAAUUAUUCGAAUUUGUCUUUGGGAAUAUUAAUAUGCUUGACUAUCAGUAGUAUAUGUGUUCAAAUAUGUAGUACAUUGACAUGUCGUCCAACCGAAUUAAUAUUCGAUUUUCGAUUUCUAUCAGUUAUUGUCGUGCAAUUCACCGGUUUUGUUGCAUGUAUACUUUUUACUAUCCAACUUGGUGCUACAUAUGCAAUGGAAAUACCAGUACAAGCUAUUACCUAUGAAACUUUAAUGGCUCGACCCACUUUAUCGUUGUGUGAUGUUCUAAAAGAUCUCAUUCUUUUGAGAAGAUAA